GCAAUUUGACCUCUCCGGGACACCGUCGCCGAGCAUGCGUAAAUAAACGUGGCGGGACGUGGGUGUCAUGGCGCGCUCCAUGUAAAGUCCGUAGUUUCUGAAGAGUGUUGAUUUGCUUUCGUUUUGGGCCGGUUGUUAAUUCCUGACUGCAAGACUCAUCUUUCAAGAGGACGUGAGACUAAUUGCUAAUAAUCAAGAUGCCAUCUGCAUCCUGUGAUGCUCUGCUGGAUGACAUAGAAGACAUUGUGUCACAGGAGGAUUCAAAGCCAAAAGACAGGCAUUUUGCAAGAAAGCACGUUGUUCCAAAGGUACGAAGGCGAAAUGCCCAACAAUACUUGGAAGAGGAAAGUAGUCCACCAAGUGAUAGCACUAUUCCAGGCAUACAGAAAAUUUGGAUACGGACUUGGGGAUGUUCUCACAAUAAUUCAGAUGGGGAAUAUAUGGCUGGACAGCUAGCUGCUUAUGGCUAUAAAAUUACAGAAAAUGCUUCGGAUGCAGAUUUAUGGCUCCUGAACAGUUGUACUGUAAAAAACCCAGCUGAAGACCAUUUUAGAAAUUCAAUUAAGAAGGCUCAGGAGGAGAACAAGAAGGUGGUGCUGGCUGGCUGCGUUCCUCAAGCCCAGCCCCGCCAGGACUACCUGAAAGGACUGAGCGUCAUCGGGGUUCAACAGAUAGAUCGCGUGGUGGAAGUUGUGGAGGAAACCAUCAAAGGUCACUCUGUGCGACUGCUGGGUCAGAAAAAGGAAAAUGGAAGGCGGCUGGGGGGAGCACGACUGGAUUUGCCGAAGAUUAGGAAGAAUCCACUGAUAGAAAUCAUUUCCAUCAAUACUGGGUGUCUCAACGCUUGUACCUACUGCAAAACUAAACAUGCCAGAGGAAAUUUGGCCAGUUAUCCGAUUGAUGAACUUGUAGAUAGAGCCAAACAGUCUUUUCAAGAGGGCGUCUGUGAGAUAUGGCUGACCAGCGAGGACACAGGGGCCUACGGCAGAGAUAUUGGCACUGAUCUCCCCACGCUGCUGUGGAAGCUUGUUGACGUGAUUCCUGAGGGAGCAAUGCUGAGGCUUGGCAUGACAAACCCGCCCUAUAUCUUAGAGCAUCUGCAGGAGAUGGCAAAAAUCCUCAAUCACCCCAGAGUCUAUGCUUUCCUGCACAUCCCGGUCCAGUCGGCCUCCGACAGCGUGCUCAUGGCCAUGAAGAGAGAAUACUGCGUGGCCGAUUUCAAAAGCGUAGUGGAUUUUCUGAAAGAGAAAGUUCCUGGAAUAACUAUUGCCACAGAUAUUAUCUGUGGUUUUCCUGGAGAAACAGAUCAGGAUUUUCAAGAAACAGUGAAACUUGUUGAAGAGUACAAAUUUCCAAGCCUCUUUAUUAACCAGUUUUACCCAAGACCAGGAACCCCUGCUGCAAAAAUGGAACAGGUUCCAGCACACAUGAAAAAGCAAAGAACAAAAGAUCUUUCUCAGGUAUUUCAUUCCUACAAUCCGUAUGAUCACAAGGCCUGCAACCCAAGUACACCUUCUGCACGCCCCUGUGUUUUCCAUCAUCUGAUCCAGGCCCAAUUCUGCGGUUUUGGAAGCCUGCAGGUGUCUGUGGUCCAUCAGCAGCAGUGAGCAAAGGCAAGCACAGCAGGGGAUUCACUGGGGGAACAUCCAUACACUAGAACUCUGUCCAGCGCGUAGUUUUCUACUGUGACGGUAUCAUAAGGUUCAGGUGACAACCAACUCGAGUUUUUAAUUACAUGAGGUUGUUUGAUUCUGAUGUUUAAUGACAUAGAGAAAAACUGACUGCAUGCAGUACACAAGGUGGAAGCUUGGAGAGCUUGGGUCCUCAGCUUUAUAAUGCAGUCAUAUGUCACUUAACAAUGGGGAUAUGUUCUGAGCAAUGCAUCGUUAGGUGGUUUCAAUAUUGUGCAAACAUCAUAGAAUAAAUUUAUACAACCUAAGGUGACUAUGAUAUUACUAGGUGAUAUAAUCCUGGGGGAUCACUGCCAUACAUGCAUAAACUCUUAGAAAUAAUUUUAACCUAGGGUCAUGUGAUAAGUUGCACUAUCUAAGUCAUUUAACUUUCUUACCAUAUUGACAGAGAGACUGUGAUGGGGGUUGGUGGGAGCUGUGACGUUAGGUGCUGAGCUGGACUCCUUGGAAGAUCUGAUCUGCACAGGGAGGCUUAAAGGUGAAAGUAAUGAGAAAAGGGCCCAGCAUUGUGAUACAGGGUGUUAAGCUACUGCCUACAAGACAGGCAUUCAAAAUGGGAGCCAGUAUGUGUCCCAGCUGCUCCACUUCUGAUCCAGCUCCCUGCUAAUGCACCUGGGGAAGCAGCAGAAGAUGGCCCAAGUGCUUGGGUCCCUGACAGCCAGCCACAUGGGAGACCUGGAUGGAGUUCCUGGCUUUGGCCUGGCCCAGCCCUGGCCGUUGCAACCAUCUGCGGAAUGAACCAGUGGAUGGAAGGUGUCUCUGUCUCUCCCUCUCUCUCUGUAACUCUGCCUUUCAAAUUAACUGAUUAAUUUAAAAGAGAGAGAGAAUGAAACAGCAAGAGAGAGGGGAAGAAAAUAAGGAGAAUAACAAAGGUGGCUUAUGGUUGUUUUUCCGUUGUCAGUGAUGUUGGCCUUGAGAUCCUGGAGAGUGGUCCAUCCAAGCUGCCUAACUGGAGCCCUGCCACCAAGACCACCCUCUCUCCUUUGGUCAUGGGGGACUCCAGCUCUGCUUUGUCUUGAGAAGGAGCUAACCUUGGGUUGGUUUGUGGAAAGAAUGAUUGAUAAACCCUUCCAUUUGAUGUAAAAUAUUCUGUGGAGGCAAAAUUAAUGUUUUUACUACUUCAUGAGCCAACGUGAGGAAGAAGGUAGAAAAGAAAAACCUGUAUAAUCUUUUGCAACAAGCUAUAAAAUGAUGUAUUUAGUCCUUAAUAAUUAAACAAAAGCAUUUUUAUUCAUAUGAUGUUACAAUCAUACUGUUUAUACAGCUUAAUGCUUACUUUUUAACUAAUUCGUUUUCUCAUUUGUGCCAAUCUAGAAAGGUUUAUUAAAUCUAAUGACUGUUUUAGGAUUAAAUAGGGGGAAAGCAUGUUCUAAUUACAGGGAUGGAUAAAAGCAAACCAAUUAACCAAAAACGUGUAUUUCCUUCCUCAUCGAUGUCUGGUCAGCCAUGUCCGAGGUGAACCUGGGUUACCUAGCUCCUGAGUUUUUAAUCAUGUUUUUUUGAUUGCGUUUUUUGCACCAUCUGUACCAUUAACAUGACUGUAAUUUCUGUCACAGUUGGAAGCUUCAGUUAAUAAAUGUUUUGUUUGGGGGCGGGGGGAGGGCUAGGCGGACAGACAAGAAGGUGGGCGUGUUUCCGAGUGAACCAGAGUAGCCAUGUCUUACCUAGGAGGCCACAGAGGGAAAGCCCUGGACUUGCAUGGUUGUGGAGCCCUUCCCUGCUCAACUGCAUCUACAUGGUCAGCUCCAUUUCCCUCAAAAAAUAAUCUGAAUUCAUCCUUUUUAAGAAAAAAAAUCCAACCUAGCAGAAAAUAUUAAGAACACUAUUUAAAAAUCUAAAUAAACUUGUUCGAAUGCAACAGAGUAUACAGAGAAGAAUUUAUGAUUAUUUUGCAAAAAUUCAGAAACAUUUGUUUUUGAAUGUGCCUGAACAAAGCACAGAGUUACAAUUUGGUAGUUUAGACUUCCAAAUAAAUUGCUGUUUUAUCCUGUUUUUUUUUUUAAAUUUGUUGCAGGUUUUCUGAGUAUGUUUUUCUUUUCUUUUUACCAGUACAAUUGCUGUGGGCUUUUUAGAAGCUUGCUGAUUAUGUUUUCAAAAUUGAAGAAAAUGAUUGGUGUUCGAAAGCAUCUGAUUGUACUGUCAGAGAGUGGCAGUGCAUUGACUGAAAUGCCCACAGGAAUAGAUCAGGAAAAUCUGGAGGAAGGAGAGGACGCAAGACAAUGGAAGCUGCAGACUUAUUGCCCAGAAAUCUCUUCCAUUUGGAAAGAUUACUGUUGAGAUGGGAGUUUGGCGUAUCGGUUAACACCCUACUGGGGACUCCCGCAUCCUAGCUCGGAAUGCCUGGAUUUUAGUCAGCUCCACCCCUGACUCUAGCUGCCUACUGAUACAUACCUGGGAGGUAGCAGAAACAGCUCAGGUAUCUGCCACCCAUGCGAGAGACCUGGACUGGGUUCCCAGCUCCUGGCUUUGAUGAACUUUUGGGGUUGGAGAGAUGAACUGGCAGAUUAGAGAUAUUGCUCUUUCUUUCUCUCAAAGUGUGUCUCUCUCUGAGCCUUUCAAAUAAACAGAAUUAGAGGUAGGUGUUUGGUGCAGCAGUUAUAAACCAUUUAGGUUGCCUGCAUUCUAUUUUUGUAGUGCCUGAGUUCAAGUCCCGGCCCUGCUUCCAGUUCCAGCUUCCUGGUAAUGUACACCCUGGGAGGCAGCAGGUGAUGGUCAAGUACCUGUGUCCCACAAGGGAGACCCAGAAUGAGUACACGUUCCUAACUUCAGCCUGGCCUAGUCCCAGCUGAUGCCAGAUCUCUUUCCCUCUCUGUCCCUCUACCUUUCAAGUAAAUAAAGAUAUUGAAAAACAAUAAGAGAUUGGGGAUGGUACUGUGGCUAGUGGGCUAAGCCCCCACCUGCAGCGCUGGCAUCCCAUAUGAGUGCCGGUUCUAGUCCUGGCUACUCUUCCUCGUAUCCAGCUCUCUGCAGUUGCCUGGGAAAGCAGUAGAAGAUGGCCCAAGUCCUUGGGCCCCUGCUCCCAUGUGGGAAACAUGGAAGAAGCACCUGGCUCCUGGCUUUAGAUUGGUGCAGCUCCAGCCAUUGCAGCCAUCUGGGGAGUGAGCCAGCGGGUAGAAGACCUUUCUCUCUGUCUCUCCCUCUCUCUCUCUGUAACUCUGCCUCUCAAAUAAAUAAUAUAUUUUAAAAAUUUUUAAAAAUAAAUGAUCGAUAAUAUAUGUUAAAAAGAUUACCAUUCAUGAUUAAAACAUUAGAACGCUAUGAAGUAUGGGCCUGGCAUUGUGGCAUAGUGGGUAAAACUGUCCCCUGCAAUGCCAGCAUCCCAUAUGGGAUCCAGUUUAAGACUUGGCUGCUCCACUUCCAAUCCAGUUCCCUUCUAAUGGCCUGGGAAAAUCAGGGGAAAAUGGCCUGAGUGCUUGGGACCCUGCUACUCACGUGGGACACCUGGAAGAAUUUACUGGCCUGGCUCCUGGCCUCAGCCUGACCCAGCCCUGGCCAUUGUGGCCAUCUGCAGAAUGAACCAGCAGAUGGAAGAUCUCCCUCUCUUUCACUCUCUCUCUGUAACUCUGACUUUAUAAAUCUUAAAAAAAAAAAAUAGAAAAGAACUCUAUGAAAUAAAGACAAUGUUUACCUAAGCACUAGAAUCCCAGGAUGAAGUUUUAUAUCUUGGAGUAUAAGAGACUUUGGCUUUAGUUUGGUGGAGGGCAUAUCAGAUGCCUGCUAGGUGCAUAGGGAUACAAAUGCUUCUAAGAUAGCAGCCUGCUUCGGAGAGCUUACAGUGUCGGGGACUCAGAGCUACAGCAACACAGGAAAUAUAGCAUUUACUCAGAAAAGCUUUUUUUUUAAGUGAGAACUUAUACAAUACAAUUAUUUUGAUAGUAGAUGAUCGAAAAAUCUUACAGAAAAUGCUUAUUAUGAACAAAACUGCAUGGAUUUCAAAAUUUCUUGGUACCAAAAUAAAAUUAUGUGUUAACUUCAUUUUUGCACAUAGGUUUUUUUUUUUUUUUUUUUUUUGAACUGUGAAUUCUGGGACUUGCCUGGCAGCAGUAAUGUGUGCAGUAGCAGGUUGACAUGUACUAGGGAUACAUCCUAAAGCCUUUGCACAGUCAGCCUUGUAACGUAGAGUUGCACCUAGAAAGUACACAGGUAAUUGAGGGGAUGGACAUUUAGCCUGAUGGUUUAGAUGCCAGUUAGGAUUCUCACCUCCCACUUCGGAGUGCCUGGGUUUGAUGCCUGGCUCCAGCUCACAGUUCCAGCCUCCUGCUGAUGUCGACCCUGGGAGGCAGUAGGAGAUAGUUCAAGUAUUUGAUUGCCUGCUACUCACUUGGGAGACCUGAAUCGAACUCCCAAUCUUCCAGCUUUGACACCUGCCUACCCCCAACCUGGCCCUAUACCUGUGGGCAUCUGGGGAGCAAACCAGCACUUGGGAGCUCUCUGUCUCUCUCUCUCAAAUAAAUUUUUGGACGUAAUAAAAUGUGGUGUGAUACCUUCAGACAUUUCUGAAGUCACCAGUGAGCACUGGCCAUAAGCCCUGGGCAGGUGCAAACACUGAGAGGUUGGCUGAGUUCGCUCAUGAAGUGAGUGCAUCUCAUCUGUCAAUCUGGAUGGAGUCUGGGACUUCCAAAUGUAGUGCAUCAACAAAAUAAAUCAGUGUAUGUCCUACAUAUCCCCUGUUCAAAGUAGCAGUGGGAUUUAAGAAUUUCUCACAUAAACUGCAUAGUCGACAAACAGCAUAGCCUUACAGGAGCCAGAGAUGAAUGGGUAUCAAGUAUUUGUAAGCAACGUGCACAGGCCUUGUUAAAUUAAAACUCCCGAUGACUUCUUGUAGACCAUCUUAGCUUGCUUUCAUGGCCAGGUCCUGAGUCCACGACUUUGGUUUUAGCGAUAUGUUCUCCUCAACACAGUUCCACCACGGAGAACAGUUUGGAUACAAAGUUUAUUGUUAUGCAGUUUUCCCUGGAUAACUAAAUCUUCACCCUCAAAUCAAAACACAGUUAAGAUAACGAAGGCAAGUAUAUAGCCAAAGCUUCCUGAAAGUCUGCUUGAAACUGGCUCCCAGUUUGUCACUUGACCAAGCAUACUUAUCAAUAAAAGCCAGUGACCUUGAAAUUGAUCAGAUUAAGCCUUCAGGUCACCUUAAUAUUUAAAAUGCUUUCUGAUAAUUGCCACAAAGCCUUAUUCAAUACAACAGCCCCGCUUCAAGGAUGUCCUGUCAACUCCAUGCCGACAGUCUUUCUCCGUGUUCCGUUGCUGGCUUUCUAACUGACUCUCCACCAGACUGCAAUCAGAGUAAUGAAAACAGUCAAACUGCUCAUAAAAUGUCACAUUACUAUGAGAGCACACAUUAUUUCUACAGAUAUUUUCUGUCAGUCACUAGAUCACUACUCGAAUGACAGCCGGGCCUGCCUGGAACACGCUUUCAAAAUGACAGUGCCAUCCCAUAAAGACUACCCCAGCAGUAAAAUUUACUGAUUUGUGUCUUUGAUCUCAGCCCACAAAAGAUACCAAAUGUUACUCAGGAAUAAAUAAAACAUUUAUAGAAAAGGGGAGAAAAGGUUAUGUGCUUCAUUUUGCUUAUCAAUGUCAUUUCCAAGCCAACAAUUUUAUUAGGGGUAGGGGUAUGGUGACAUGCUAUUUUUAGCUUGUGGGGGAGAAAUGUGACAUUUAGAACAAAUGUCAUAGCAUUUCUUCAAUAAAAAUCCAUGCUGUCAGCUGCGUGGCUCUAGAGAAUUACAGAAAAGCUGUAGUGAACCAAAGGGGAAGCCACAUCACUUGGUUUUUAGUUUAACCCCGUCAGCUCUAGUCUCAAGUGUGGGUGGGCAGUAGAACAGUUUUUGUGCAUUGUGUGGCUCUGGGAGGCAGUCCCACAUUUAUACUCUGUGUGUCUUUGAAAAAGAACCUUUUCCGUCUACCAAGGAAAUGACCCUGUAUUCAGCCAGAAGCCCUGUGACCUGUUUUAGUCAUUGAACCUUGAGGAGAAGCAAUUUUUUCACAAACAAAAGAAGAACUCAAGUAUCUACUAAAAUAAACAUUCCACUAUGAAAUUACUGCCCAUAGACCACACAAUAAACAGCAAAAAUAGUAGGGGAAGCAACUCUUAGGCUUUAAUACAAAAAAAAAAGAACAUGUACUGAAUAGAGUUCUUGGUUUGAAACAUUUUGCCCUUAUCUAUUUUUUUUUUUUUUGGCAAAUAUACACAUUCUACCAUGAAAUAUCUCUGGGCUGUUAUCUAAUUUUUCAGGGACAAGAGUCAUAUCUUAGAUUUCUCCAAAGCCCCCACACUGCCCAGCACAGUUCUUGAUAAAAGCUAUUGAACAAUUGGAACAUUGGUUUGAAAACCAGGGCUCGUAUCUAAAGCUUUUUUGUUAACUCUCUGGCUCUCCCUAGCCUGCCCUCCCACCCCCGUGUGCAACACCACGGUUCUUCUCUGCCUUUGCCAGUUCAGGGCUCAGCUCCUCCUUGCUCCACUCUUGGGCUGUCCUGUAACCAACGACACUCUUUCAGAAAGCAUUCUCAUCAUCUUUAGGAACAUGGAGCCUGUGCCUUUUCUGCUGUUCUGUCUUUGGCCCCACACACACUUCUGGGCUUUGCUUGUGAUCUUUGCUUUCCCUCCUGUCUCGGAAGUGAAUCCACUCUUCCUUCAAGUCAGGUCUCUUGGAACUUGGCUGGAAUUCUGUGCCAUUGUGCCCACUAGUCCUGUGUCUUUGUCUUCCUGGGACUCCCUCCCCAUUUGCUUCAGAUGGACACAGUAAAAGUUAAAACCUGCUGUCCUCUCUAAUCACCACGGAUUUGCAGAAAAUGAGUCUCCUGCUCCAUUGUUAUGGGAGGUAAGCCAAGUAGUAAGUGUAUACCUUGUAUAUGCAGUUCUUUCUCUUAGAUAGUUCCCAACUGCCAAGCCUAGCCAACAGGUAACCUACUCUAUGUCACCUGCACAGACAUUCAAGUAGCAAAUGUAGUGGGUCGAGAUCAGAUGACGCAUGACUGCUAAGAACCAACCUUGCUCUCAAGAGGUCCAAGCUGUGCUCUUCCUAGAGCUCGUAGUAGUUGAAUCUCUCAUUUUGAACUUCUGCUUAUUUACUGGCCCAAAUUAUGAAGUUUUUUUUUUUUUUUUUUUUUUUUUUAAGAUUGAAAGGCAGAGUUAGAGAGAGGCAGAGCCAGAGAGAGAGGUCUUCCAUCUGGUGGUUCACUCCCCAAAUGGCCACAGUGGCCAGAGCUGGGCUGAUCCAAAGCCAAAAGCCUGGAGUUUCUUCUGGGUCUCCUGUGCAGGUACAGGGGCCCAAGGACUUGGGCCAUCCUCUACUGCUUUUCCAGGCCAUAACAGGGAUCUAGACAGGAAGUGGAGCAGCUGGGACUCAAACCAGCGCUCAUAUGGGAUGCUAGCACUGCAUCCAUUUUACCCACUAUGCCAUAGCAUCGGCCCCUGAAGUAUGUUUAGAAGAGAGUUCUUCAAAUGUUCAUGGAAAAUGGAAUUAAAAGAUAAGUUUAUUUUGGUGCAAAAAAUUUUGAUUCAGGAGCCAGCAUUGUGGUGCAACAGGUUAAGCCACUACCUACAAGGCUCCCAGCUGCUCGGCUUCCAAUUCAGCUCUCUGCUACUGCACCUGAGAAAGCAGCAGAUGAUGGCCCAAGUGCUUGUGUACCUGCCUCCCAUGUGGGAGACCAGCAUAGAGUUCCAGCUCCUGGCUCCAGUUUGGCUCAACCCAGCCAUUGUGGUCAUUUGGGAAAUAAGCCAGCAGUGGAAGAUUCAUAUUCUCUCAUUCCCUCUCCCUUCUCCCUUCUCCCUUCUCCCUUCUCCCUUCUCCCUCUCCCUUCUCCCUUCUCCCUUCUCCCUUCUCCCUUCUCCCUCUCCCAACUGCCUUUCAAAUAAAUAAAGUAAAUCUUAAAAACCUUUUUGAAAUCCAUGU